AUUCCCGCGAGUGGGGAGGGGGACGCGGUGGCCUCUCCAGGGAGCGAUUUAUUUGUUCUAUGGGGGAUUUUUUUGCCUUCCGUAAAAGCGUGUCCCGCGAGGCAACCCGUAGACACGUGACCUCACCUGGGCUCAGGUGAAGGAGGGGCCCUGGACGCCGUUCACCUGGCUCGGCAGGUAAUGCCAAGGCGGGGCUGGCGGGGCGGAAACCAUUCCCGGGGGGAAGAGGGGCGCAGGGAUCCAGCAGGGCUCUUGGAGAGAAGCGGGCGCGGGCCCCGGGGUACCCCAGCGGCCUCGGCUAGGCUGGCUCAGACCUACCUGUAGAAGGACUAGGCCCUGCCCAGGUGUUAAUGGUAACACCAAUCCCCUCGGCGCCUCGCUCGUCGCCCCCUUCCUUCCGCCUCCUAGUCUUUGAGUGGUUCCCACCCCCGUCUCCCCCCACUCGCCUCCCACCCAGGCAUCUUCCUCGAUUUGGGGAGGAAGGGCUUUAACCCAGAAGAUCUGAGGCCAGACCAACUUUGAGGGAACAGGCGGAUGCAGGUCUGACACUUGCUUACGUGGAGAGACCACCCCACCGCAUUACAGGUAAUCUGCAGUAGCCUUUUCUCCUCCAAUCCUGCAUAUGAAUCCCAGGGGGCCCUAUCGAUUUCAGGGCGGGAGUGCUGCUCCUGCUGCUUAUGCUCAAGUGAGUAUGUUUGAGAUUAUAGCCUCAAGUGGAGGGGAUUGGUGAUUUUUAGCCUAGAGGUUUACCAGUAUUUUAAAUUUGGAACUUCCUCUUGUCUGACUUAACAGGACUGUCUGUGCACCGACGACUUGUAUUUAUUUAGUUAGCUCGUAAAAUAUAUGCACCAUUUGAAAGAAACCUAAAAGUGGUUUACAAAAAAAACCACUCACUAGCUUGACCAGUCCAGAGACUCUGCACCCCAUAACACAUGCAUGCACUCUCUCUUCUUUAGAGCAAACAUGUCACUCUCACUGAACUGAAAGAGUAGCCCUUAAAAUGUCUGCCCCAUUCUUCCUGGAAUGCAGGGUAACUACUUUAUUUUGCCUUUGUGGUCAGUAUAGAUAUACUUAUUGAUAUACUGGUGGGAGCAAAUGUUCUACUAUCCAAGACCACCCUUGACUGUCAGAAAUUUAAGGGUAGGAUGGAGAUUCAGAAUACAGUGGUACCUCGAGUUACAUACGCUUCAGGUUACAGACUCUGCUAACCCAAAAAUAUUACCUCGGGUUAAGAACUUUGCUUCAGGAUGAGAACAGAAAUCGUGCUCCAGCGGCGUGGCGGCAGCAGAAGGCUCCAUUAGCUAAAGUGGUGCUUCAGGUUAAGAACAGUUUCAGGUUAAGAAUGGACCUCUGGAACGAAUUAAGUACUUAACCCGAGGUACCACUGUAUGUUAAGGGGUAAGUCAUAUGCAGUAGACUGUUGCUUGGUUUAUGGCUGUGGUCCUACCAUCCAUUGCCAGAACAGUCAUCUACAUAUUGCACACCACCUCAGCAGUAGUUAUUCUGUUUGCAAAUACAGUGUGGCCAAAAUAAACUGGUGGUUACUGGCUUUAGCUGUUGCACUGGGGAAGCGGGGGUUACAUAUAACAUUGGAACAGUUGUUUUGGUUGAAACCAAAGCAAUAACAGGAAUUAUGCAGGUGUGGUAGGUGGGGGGGGGCAAUUCUCUUUUUAAAUACAAAACAAAAAACUACAAAUAGCUGGCAUAGCUUGAUCUGAUGAUUCUGGAAUUAUUUAGCAAGGGAAUCCAACAGAGAGAUCUUAUGUUUGUUCAACAUGUACUUGUCUGUCUCCUUCCUUCAUUUCAAAGUCACCCCUUUGUGCAGCAAUGCUGAAUGCUGGUCAUAUACCUUAACUGCUCCUGUCCACCAAGGACACCCUGGCUUGAGCCUAACUGCUUAAGCUGCCCCUUAUUACUCUCACAAAGCCUUUUAAUUCUCACCAUGCAUUCAUGUUCUUCUGGAUUUUCUUGCAUCUGUAUCAGAUAGGUCCUAGAAAUGUUUGUGAUGAAGCCAUUCUCCGCACACAGGGUUAUAUCCAAUUAAGUUCUACUCAAAGUAUACCCAUUGAAAUUAGUGGACCUAAGUUACCUAAGAACAAUAUAAGAAGAGCCUCCUGGCUCAGGCCAAUGGCCCGUCUCACCCAACAUCCUUUUCUCACCGAAGCCAACCAGUUGCUUAAAGGAAGCUUGCAUGGAGAACCUGAGUACAAUAGCACUUUCGCCACUUGUGAUCCCCAUCAGAGGCAUACUGCCACCAGCAUUGGUGAUAGUACAUAGACAUCAUGGUUAGCAGCCACUGAUUUGUCAUAAAGUUAGUGUUGUCCAUUCAUUUCAGUGGGUCUACUCUGUGUCCCAGCUUCUGCCAACCUAGCAGUUCGAAAGCACACCAAUGCAAGUAGAUAAAUAGGUACCACUGUGGCGGGAAGGUAAACGGCGUUUCCGUGCACUCUGGCUUCCAUCACGGUGUUCCGUUGUGCCAGAAGAAGUUUAGUCAUUCUGGCCACAUGAGCCGGAAGGCUGUCUGCAGACAAACACUGGCUCCUUUGGCCUGAAGUGAGAUGAGCGCCUCACCUUUUAGUCUGGACUUAACCAUCCAUGGAUCAUUUACCUUCUACCUUUUUCUCUGAGUAUGACUAAUUUUGGAUACAGCUCACAGUUCCUGGAAAAGUUCUACUUCCUCUGGAGGGUUCCCAUUGCACAAGCAUUGAUUUGUAUUUAUUUAAAAUAUUUCUUAAAUACAAGUCUUUGGACAAAGGGGUGGAUAAAGCUACUUACACAGGAGAAGUGCAAUGUCAAACCCUGCAAAUAAGCAUAACAAUAUGCAGUAAAAUAGAGGCAGACAUACAACUGAAGAGAUGAAUAAGGCAAAAUCCCAACUAAAAUGCCUAAAAUAAGACAUACAGAAAGGUCUUAACACGGGGCCAAAAAGCUCAUAAUGCUGGCACCAGAAGUGCUCCUUUAGGGAGGGGAUUCUGGAGUUGGGGCACCACUGUAGAAUACACCUCUCCUUUGUGAAUUCAUAAUGUACCCCAAUUAAAGAAGUUACUUGUAGCUGGGCUUCUGCAGAGGAUCUUAAAACACAUGAAGGCUUUUAUGUUGUUGUUAUUGUUGUUAAUGUUAAUUAUUUAUUUGGACUUAUUAGGUGCUUCUUACCUAAGAGCAUGGGUCCCACUGAAGUGCUAACUAUGACCUUUAAAGCCCUUAAUUGGGCUUGCCAGUGUGGCAUCUGUGAGAACAAUGGUGCCAUUGAGUCCAUUCCCUGGUGCUGACAACACCUCUGAGCCCCCCCCCCCACCGCCCUCUUGGUCAUGAGAUGGUGGAGGUGAUUACCUUUUUCUCCCUUGAAAAGUGCAUAGAGCUGAAGGAUGAAGUUGGAAGUGUGGUGCUUCCCGCACGCACGCACGCACACACACACACUUUUUCAGAUCAAUGUGUUUUUUCAGGUACAUUCUACUGGAUCUGACUUCUAGCAAGAUCCCUUAUAAAAGUGAAGGGGGUGUGCACACUUUCUUUUUCUCUCUCUCUAGGCGGGUUAGGGCUGGUUUGGGAAAGGGGAAAGAGAAGUGACCAGAGGGGACAGUACCAGGGAUGGAUUAAGACCUUUAGAGGUCCGAAGCCCUUAAAAGAUUUAGGCCGUCCCCCUCCCCAUAUAUAUAUCUAAUUCAAAAUAUAAACAAUAAUAAACCGUAAAAUAAUUCGCCGUCGCCACCAAAAUAAAAAGAAACCUACAAUAAGAUGGAAAACAAUGUUGAUUUUUGUAUAUUUGUAUAAAUAAUGUUUUUUGUUCAGCUGUGCCAUAUGGUCCAUGGUAAAUCUGGCAAUGGAAAAAUUCAGUGGUGUCCCCCCCCCUUCCCUUGAUGUUCUAAGCACAUGCUUAUUUUGCUUAAUGGUUAAUCCAGCCCUGGAUGGUACCCAUACCACUUGCUCAAAAAUCCAAAGACUUCAAACAGUUGGCAACCCCUGCCUUAAUGGUUUAGGGCCCAGUUAUUUUAAAAAAGGCUGCCUACUCCCAUGCAAACCUGCCAGAUAUUUAUGCUUCUUGACAGAGGCCCUACUCAUACACCUGUCAGGGAGAGAGGCCCGGCUAGCAGACAGGAAGGAUUGGGGCUUUUUCUAUCAUGGCUCCACAAUUAUGGAGCUCCCUAACCUAGGAUACACAGUCAGACCCCUUCUUGAUAUCACUUAAGAGGGACCUAAAUGCAUUUUUAAAUUAGUAUUUGUGACUGCUUUUAUUGGGGAUAUGUAAGAGGUAAGAAGCUUCUUAACUUUGUUCAGAUGGAUGGCUAAUGGAACUGGAUUGGAAGAAGGGAGAAUGAUUUACCGCUGCUAUUGACGUUAGCGAAGUGUUUGAUAUUUAUUUGUCAUUUUAAAAUUGUUUUAAUAUCUUAGUCAGCUGCCAUGGGAAAGCAGUCUCUUUUGCACAGUUACAAACUAAGAGAAACAAAUCCUCUGAAUCUACUUAACAACAGCAAAACUUUUCCUUUUUAUCUUUGUGAGCACAGGAUAUUUUGAAAUGGACGAAGCCGCUGCUUAGGGUCUAGAUUAACCCGAAAGAAGGCAAGGCAAAAGGUAAAUAACAAAAAAGGAGGGUUUUUUGCGGGGGAGGGAGGGAGAAGAGAAGGGAGAUGGGAAAAGUCGGCACAAAAAAUAUGACAUGCUGGGGGGGGAAUCCUGCCUUUCUUCCCUCAGGCCAUUCUAUUUCUGCCUUCAAGGAAAGCUGAAUUCUUUGUUAGACCUGUACAAAUAAGGCAAAAUGAGUUCAUUUACACGAUUCCUUAAUUUGUGUAAUCCUGCAAUAUUUACAGCGUUCCAUAAUUUGAUUCUAGCUUUGCCAUUACAAGGAGCUCUGUGUGAUGCCAAAGCUCAGACUCUCCCCUUCACCACUGGAGGUUUUCUUCAGCUACUCUUCCACCUUCUGAAGCUUCAGCGCCCAGCUCCCACAAAGGACAGGUGUGUUGUGUGUGCACAGAACUCCCACCACCAGUCGCAACCACCCCAGACACAUUGCACAUGUCUUUUCCUGGCUCAUCCUCACUUCAGCUUCCUGCAGGCAUAUCUACCCUUCCAAAAGCUAUGUUUGAAAGCCCUGGGCAAAAAUUCCAUAUGACACAAAGGGUUGCACUUGGAAAGCAAAGUUGGCAAGCCUUGUCUUCAACACCAACAACAGAAGUGCUUUCUGUUUCUAUGUGGGGUCAUCUAGAACUCCAUUGUAUCUUCAAAGGGCUAGAAACUUGAUUUAUUUAUUUUUCAAACAGAAAGUUGAUCUUCUCAAUAAACUGCAUUCUGUAUCCAGUGUUGCCAUGUGUUUCCAUAGAAUAGAAUUGCAGCACAUAAUGCAGAGCAGGGGUGGGGUGAGAAUCUGAAGUGGACACUAGUAUAGAAAAUCUUUGUUCCACAGCUUGUUGGCCUUUUAAGGGAGCCUCAUGAGAGACUUGUAUCAUCUGACACCUAUAUGCAAUGUUGGAGGAGGGUCUUUGGUGCAUUCCCAGUGCCCAAAGGAGCUUUUCAUUAGAAAACUGGCAGCAUUGUGGCCAUGCUCCUGUAUAAACAGAAAGAGGGGACAUGUGAGUCAAAGAGGUGCUGGGAUUCAGAAUAUGGCACUCAGUCCCGCCAGCCUUUCAUCAUUCCUUUUCUGAGCCACUUGCAAUCUCUGCUUUGUGGGAUUUUUGUGCAGAUACAGAUCCCACACUACAGCAGCAGUGACAUGGAACCUAAUACCAAAUGAAUCUUGACCAUAGCAGUCUUGCUGUCCUGGUAGAGGCAGAACUUGAGCAUCUUAACCUCUUUCUCUUCUGGUGCUUCAGCUCAGGUCAUCUGGAUUUGAUGGAGAGCAUGUGUGUUUGAGCAUGUGUGGUUUUUGUUUUCUGUUUUUUUCCUCUCUCCCUGUCAGGAGUCGAAAGGGUGGCAAGUCAUGCUUGGAAAGACACAAGGACAUCGCCAAAACCUAAGCAGCUACCACCAGCCCCCUAGAGAUGUUGCGGUACCCCAGCAGAUCAACUCUCCCAGAGCGACUGACAUUAGCCUGGAGGUGUUCAGUGGCUCUACCCCUGAGCUCAAGCAAACCCGCAAGCCAACACGAGCUGCGAGAAGCCGCAAAGCCGACCCCAAAGAUGCCAGUGGGAGGGAGGGCGAAACGAGUACCUUUAUCCCUGGCGCUGUGGAGACCCCCCGGCCCCCCUGCUGCCCCACUCUGUCCCAGGCCUGGAGUGUUUACAAAGCGAUCUUCUGCUGCAUUGUGACAUGCGGGGACUGCUUCAGGGACUGCCCUUCUAGGAGCCUCUACAAUGAGGCACUGACAGAUGAGAGCAGAGAGUGCAAUGGGCGUUCGCCAAACAGUCCUGCCAAUAGCUCCCCUGCUGAAAAAAACGGGAGCCAAACCAAAAAGAGCACGAUCGGGAGCAGUUUCAGCUACCCAGAUGUGAAACUGAAAGGGAUCCCAGUGGGGAUUUAUACCCCUAGCCCCCACACGGAUACUGAUUCAUGCUACAAGGAGCCUCUUCCGGAGAAGAUAGCCAGGAACAGCAUAGAGAAGCAACCUCUCCCCAGCAGCCUUCGAAGCUCUGAGGAUUACUCCGCCGAUGAUUUGGAUACCGACAGUGACAGUGACCCAAAGAAUAGCUCUAUAUCCAGUGGUCGGAUUGAUUACUUGAUCCACAGGAAACUGACCGAGCUCUUCAGCAUUCACCAAAUUGACGAGCUGGCCAAGUGUACGUCGGACACCGUCUUCCUGGAGAAGACCAAUAAGAUCUCAGACCUCAUCAACAGCAUCACUCAGGACUAUCACUUGGAUGAGCAGGAUGCCGAAUGCAGGCUGGUCCGGGGGAUCAUACGCAUCAGCACGCGCAAGAGCCGGGUCCGACCCCGCGUUUCUGUCCCGACCCGCCCGAGUCUGGAGGAGAGCAUGAGCAGAGGCAAUCUGCCAGACAGUGGCAACGAGACCAUGUUGGCAUCUGUGCUCCCUAGCGAAGGAGGUACGUAUGAAGCUCUGUGCUGUGUGUAGAGCAAAGGGGAGCCAUAAUAAUCAAGGGUGCCUAUGAAGUAUGGGGCUUUUUAAUACAUAUUAGAGAGAGAGAAGAAGAAGAAGAAGAAAUAAGCAAAUAUGCAUGGAUAGUUAAGCACCAGUUUUAACACCAGAUCUGGUUUCUCUUGGUGGUAGUUAUUCCAAUCCACAUGUACCAUAUACAAAGAAAUAUCCUGCAUUUUAGCCCAAUUUGCUUAACAAACAACACUAAUCUACCCCUGGAAUCAGCAUUCAUAGGAUCCUUAACAAGGGUAAAGAUAACAACCAGUUGAAAACCUUUACUACUCCACGUUCCCAAAUUGCAAAUGGAUGCCACUGUGGGUCCCAGCUCUGCAUUACUAUAUGGCGGUGGGCAACUUUAAAGCUUUGGAAGCUGGAGUAAUGUGGGAGACCCUGGCCAAAUCCCUGUUUGGUCAGAAAGUUCACUGGGUGAUUUUGUAUCAGUUGUCCAUUUGCACCUAUGUCCCUCUGCUGGGAAGGCCUGUUGUGAAGAUGAAACUGGAUGGAGGGUGGAGACGAUAGUGGCAGCAGGGAACAAAGUAUGCUACCCUGAGCUUCUUGCAGGAGUGAUGGAAUAAGAAUGCAAUAAAAUCCUUUGGUGGGCAUGCUUGUAUGUAUGCUCCUCUCCCACAUGCACGUGCAUAUCCCUCACUCUUCCUAAGUAGGUUCAAACAGCCAUCUUUUCCCAAAGUGUCACAGUUGCCACACCGGCAUGUUUUAAGAUGUGGAGAGGCCCAGGGGCUGAAUGUGCAUUUGAGUGCCCCUUUCCUUCACACACAAACCUACAUCAAUGUCAUUUAUACCCCUCAACUGAGCGCACUGUUCUGUCAGUAUGGAUGUGGCCCCUGCUUGUGUGAGGCCUGGGGCCAUUACCUCCUCUAAAAAGGGGGGGCAUUGUGUUGCCACCUAGUAGGAGCCUUCUGUUAGGGUCAAAUGCAUGGGGGUGUUUGCAGCCAACACUCCCUGAUAAGCUAUGAAAAUCCGGCUUGGAUGGCUACCUGAAUUCAUGCUUUUUUCUUCACUGUAGGCCAGAAAUGCCUGGGAGGCAAGCAAUGGAGAAGGAUUUUGUGUCUCUCACAUGCACCCCGAAUGCCAGGGAUGGAGAGCCCUGUCCUUCCACAUGUUGUUGGACUCCUAACAGACCCAGCCAACAUAGUUAUGAGGGGUGAUGGGAGCUGUAGUCCAGCAAUAUCUUGAGAUUCACAGGUUUCCUGCUAUAGGUUAUCAGUAGCUUCUUAUUUUGAAUGACUUGAAAAUAUUCGUUCAUACUAAGGUGGUGUGCUUUCCUUUAGCAACUGGACCUGGCCACUAGAAGACUCAGCGAAGACUGGAACCAAAAUCCCAGUUCAGCCCCGAGUCAUUCUCCAAGUUACUACCUCUAAGCCUCAACCUCUUAUUUGCAAAAAGGGGUAUAAUGGCAACACAAUUUGAAGGGUGAUGAUGAGAAGGAAUGAAAGAAUGGGGGUGGGCUACAAACUGAAAUAAGCUCAAGUUUUCUUACGUAAGGCCCUGGGUACAUUUGGGGGUUGUAACAUUUUGUGCACUCGCUAGCAAACUGGUUAUAUCCUUGUCUGUUUCACAGAGGCUACCUGGCUGUGUUGCCCAGUGUGUGCUCAUCAGCUCCCCGUUCAGUGUGUACCUGUAUGAGAUGCUUGUGCAAGCAGGUGUUUCCCCACAUUCACACACUUAGCUGUUUGGGUAUAUCCCUAAAAUAUGUAGAUGCCACAUGAUGUGUGUUUCCUUUCAAAUUUCUUCUUCUUUUGGUUAUCUGUCUUCUAGAUUUCCCUGUUCAGAUAUCUGUUGAAACCACAGCAGAUAUGAAAGCCAGGAACAUGAGGCAUGGAGCAUACAGCGCUGCUGGUAAGACAUCUUCACAGAAUGAAUCGUGUUACAGUGGGGCCCCGCAAGAUGAAUGCCUCGCAAGACGAAAAACUCGCUAGACGAGUUUUCCGUUUUUUGAGUCAUUCCGCAAGACGAAUUUCCCUAUGGGCUUGCUUUGCAAGACGAAACAUCUUGCGAGUUCUUGUGAGUUUGUUUCCUUUUUCUUAAAGCCGCUAAGCCGUUAAUAGCCGCUAAGCCGCUAAUAGCCGCUAAGCCGCUAAUAGCCGUGCUUCGCAAGACGAAAAAACUGCAAGACGAAGAGAAUCGCGGAACGGAUUAAUUUCGUCUUGCGAGGCACCACUGUACCUCCUUUUUCCAUUUGCGACCAUCGAGCCAUCACAGUCUUCCCAACGUGAGCCUGAAGUCAUUUAGAAUUAGGCUCAAUAUAAACGUUGUUUGCGGACAGUACUAUUGUUUGUUACUAAGCAAGGUAUUGGCUUGGGUUUUAUAUUGAAGUAAUAGCAUGAGCCUUAUUCAGGAGUUCAACUUGCAUAAUGAAUAAUCGUAUAGAGCUCUGGCGGUGCCCACUGUACCAGCCCCCCACCAACAUUGCAACCCUACCCCUAACCCACCUAUGCUUUUGAGGGAACCUGCAGAACUCUGCACAGACAAGAUUCCCCAUGUGGUUCCCAAGAGUCCCUCAUGUGAUUCCCAAACAUUUUGCCCCCUGGACCAGUUGAAAAUUGCUGAAGGUCUUGGCAAACCACUUAAUGAUUUUUCUGCCUGUUUAGCAAUGGUAAUUUGCUGCAGCGUUAUUCCUUUAAGGAAGACAGAGCCUUCUUCCAACCGCUCCAUUCUGCAAACCACCUGGUUUCGAAGAACAAUGGAGUGGCUGCUGUACUUGCCUUUUUUCUCAGAGAGAGACAGCCUCUGUAUCUUCUACUCUUACACACAUACAUUGUUCUUCAUUAUCCUAUGGAAGCAGUAAGGAUGUACUUAGUUUUUCACACAUGAUUUCUCCAUAUUGGCUUUAUUUCUGUUAAAUAAAUCACGACACGGUAUAAUAUGCCAUGUGUUGUUGUUCAUCUGAGGUUGUAUUUACCUAAUUUUAAGACCUGCUAAGGAACAAAUGAUUGCUAUUAUGUCUCCAUACGUAAAACCACAGAAUUCAAAGAGGGUGCACUUUCUUUUCCCCAUGACUGUACAUGUAACUCCACAACUCCACAGAGUCAGUGCCACACACACACACAAAUGAAGCUGAGUCAUGACUGUUGGUGGUCCAUGGAUCACUCUUUGGGAACUCCUGGCUUAGAGCACAAAACUACUCCAUGCCGUUUAAUCAUCAUGCAAUUUGAAUAUUCAAAUGUAGAAAUGGGUAACACCAACUGUGGUAUUACAGUCCUGGGGAUCCAACUGCAGAUUAAUUCAAUGAUUUCCUUUGAACAAGUGUGCGGAAUCUAUGAUCAUGCACGUUUAUGUUCUUGGGAAUCCUGGAAAAUCAGGUGUUCAACUGAAGGUGCAUGGGGUAUGUUGUCUAAACAGCGCUUCUAAACUCUAGGGCUAGGAAACUUGUGACGCAGCCCUGAAUUAUCAACUUGUUUAUAGAGAUUAUAAGAAGGAGUGAGACCCUGUCAGCAUAAUGCACAUCUGCUCAAAGAUUUGCUCUGGCUGCCAAUAAAUUCAAGGUGUUACUGUUAAUAUAUAAAACCUGCAACAGCUUCAGACCCAUGCACUUGAAGGAUCUCCUUCCCCUAUAUGCUCCCACUUUGGAACUGGUGCUUUUAAACGAUCCACUCUGCACUUGCAAGAAAUCAGUCUUUUACCGUGGCAGCACCUAUUUUCUGAAAUCCCUGCCUGAUAAUGUCAGGCAGGCAACUCUCUUGUAUUAUUUUUGCCAGCUGCCCAAAAAUGUUUUAUUUAGGCUAAUCUACCCAAAACAUGUAAUGACUAUUUUAUACCAUUUUAUGUAAACUGUUUAGAGAUAUAUUUUUGAUCAAGUGAUAUAUACAAUUGGCUUGAGUGCGAAGUAAACCCGUUCCUGCCUUCUGCCUAAUGAGCACAAAGGCACUGGUAGGAUUCGCAAGCCCUUUGCUUUGGCAGCAGGGUGGGUGGAAUGUUCUCUUAUGUGACUUUGGGGUUGGUUUUAUUUAUUGGCUUAAUUAUUUCAGUCUUACUGAUGAAUGAGGAAAAUCGGAGACAUGACUUGAGAAGAGAGCGUAGCAACUAAUUCCAGUCACUACUACUUUCCCCAUGAUAGUCCUGUUUUAAAAUUCUUGGAUGAGCCUAGCUUUUUAGCCUACACCCUCUUCCACGCACUUUUCUGGCUAUGGUCUUGCUGACCUGUUUUAAUAUAUGCAACAACCUUUGGUAACAUUAUUCUUUUUCUGCUAGCCGUGGAGAGAGGCAAAGUACUAUACAAGGUACGGAAGCCCUGCUGUCUGGCAGCUGGAAAUGGUUCUCUCUCUGCCGGCUUCUUCCUGAGGUUUCCCAAGGCCAUUGCCUGUGUUUUUCUGACCCUACUUUGCACAGCCUUGAAGGCUAAGAACUUGCUCUUGGUUUUUACAGGCUCGCCGAGAUUCUUAGGAGUUUUGACUUCUCUCCUGCAAUACCUGUUUCCACACAAGUGAUUGGAGGGAGUGGAGGGUGGAGGCUGCAUAAAUCUGAGUCACAGAGACAGGGGAGACCUUAUAGUCCAGCUGCCUGCUUAAUGCAGGACACAACUAUGGCUAUCCCUAACAGCUGUCAUUCAGCCUCUGCUUAAGUUAUUCCAGUGAAAGAGAACCUACUGUCUCCCAUGACUGUCUUUCCCAUUGCUAGACAGCUUUUGCCAUGAUUGUAUUAUGGAAUGCAGGCUGUAAUGUCUGAUGUGGAAUCUAACAGGUUAAGUAGGGUACAAAGAAUCUCAGGUUCUGUUUGUUCUUACCAAAAGUCAGGUUCUAGUCCUCAUGGCUGUGGACUUUUUGAGAGGGAUCCACUGCUUGCAUUGGAUUUUAGGGGUUGCAGCGUACCAUUUUUGCAGAUAUUUUCUUCUUAUUCCCCUUUCCUAAGUAUGCCAUAGUCCUGUAUGGCUCUCCUCUCCCUCUUCUUGUUCCUUCUGCCUCCUGUUCUUAGGGUUAAAAUGGCUGCCAAGAGCAGCAUCACCGGUGUGCCUUAGCUGUGCUUUAGCAGACACCGACUAUGACAGAGUUCGAGAGCACCUUGCACACAGCUUGUGGUCAAGCUACAUUCCCCGAGCUUGAUGCAAGAAUGGCUGGGUGCAGUUCUUGGGUCUUACAUGGGAUCUUGGGUUAGUUAUAAACAGGGCUGUGAGUCUUCUGCACAUCCAUGAUGCAGGAUUUGGCUAAGAAUGCUGGCUUUCUUUCCCCACCUACCUCUCAAGAUGAGCUUCAAGUUUUUGUAGCUACAAAGAGACACUUCAAGACAUGCAGUUAAGUCUUCUUCAGCUGAACAUGAAACAGCACUUCUGUAGUCUACUGAGCUUUAAUGCUGUUUCUUUAUGGCAAACAGAAACAGGGGCCUCAUCUGCAUUAUAUAUUUAAAGCAGUAUCCUAGGAUCCUAGACUUGUAGAAUUGGAAGGGACCCUAAUGUUAUGCAGUCCUGCAGUGCUAAAGAAUUCCUAACAGAUGGCCAUCCAGCCUCUGUUUAAGAAGCUUCAUUGAUGGAGAGUCCACCUUUUUCUGAGGUAGUCCGUUCCACUGUCAAUAGCUCUUACCAUCAGGACGUUUCCCCAAAUGUUUAGUCAGAAUCUUUUUUCGUGUAAUUUGAAUUCAUUGGUAUCAUACCGCUUUAAACAGUUAUGGCUUCCUCCAAAGAGUCCUGGGAACUGUACUUCGUUAAGGGUGCUGAAAGUGGUUAGGAGACCCCACUUUCCCUAAUAGAGCUGUGAUUCCCAGAGUUCUGUGGGAAGAGGGGUUGGCUAUUGAACCACUGUGGAAUUGUAGCUCUGUGAGGGGAAUAGGGGUCUUCUUGCAACUCCCAGCACCUUUAACAAACUACAGUCCCCAGGAUUCUUUGUGGGGAAUCCAAGACUAUUUAAAGUAGUAUGAUACUGCUUUAAACGUAUGGUGCAGAUGGGUCCAGGGUUUUAAAAAAACAAAACUAAAAAGCAACCAUGUUUACAUAAAUAUGAGAAGAUGCUGUUUUCCUGCAUUGUGAUUUUCAGUCCAGUAAAUGAUGAAUUGGUUCCAUUUUUUGUGAGGAGGUCUGUUUAUUUUUCUCUACUUCUUUGACAGAUGUGGUCUGUCAGUUUACCCAUUUGUGCAAUUUCAUAUCUUCCACUAUGGAUGGAAAAUGGGAUUUCCAACAGCUGACCAAAACCUUUUUGCCACAGUUAAACAGCUUAACAAAUAAUACAAGAGGGGAGGACAGAUUUCAGGCUUGUUGGAUCUACUUUUUUACUAGAACCUAAAGAUGUACAAACUAAGAGCCAAGUACAAAAGUCAUGCAGAAUGAAAGAGCAAGAGUCCCUCUGAGCACAUUCUGAGCCUUGGAAUUUGGUUCGAGUACCAGAAGUGACCUGAGCUCACAAUUCUUUCUUUCUUUUUUAAAGUCCACUCCCAGUUACCAAAUCUUCAUCUCAGCAACAUAAUUGGGGUGGGGAGAGCUGUUUUGUUGUUGCAUUUGUUAAUCAGUUGUGGGUUGGAAAUCCUUGUUAAUCCAUUGCACAUCACCCAGUAGAUCCUGAACUACCUCUUGCCCUAUAACUAUUAUAUGUACCAGGGGUGGGGAACCACUGGACCGUAGGCCUAAAUUAGGACCACUGCACCAUUUGGACCUCAGGACCAUUUUGCCCAAGCCACUCAUGCCUGGGGCAGGUUAAGGUGUAGUUGGGUCCAAGGGGGCUUGCAGUAGGUGCUGCCACCAUCAUGAUAUCAGUUGAUUGACAGGGGAGUUGUCCUAGCCAUAUGUCAAACUUCGCCCCCAGGGACUAGGGAAAAUAAGGAACCCUAAGGUUGGCAGAAGUCCAUAACAGCUGAAAGUGGACUGAGUAUGUUCCAUGGGCAUGGAAUGCUGAAUGACUGCCAGCUGGUGGAAUGGACUGUCUGUAAUCUUGAGCAGGAGCACUUCACACAAAACUCUGUUGCAGAUGCAACUUGUAGUCUCCAAAAUGUCAAAUUGCAGCCUCUUCGGAACUUAAAGUAAAACAAAUUUGACCAAUUCAAAUUUCCAGAAUUAUUCAUUCAUUCAUUCAUUCAUUCAUUCUCUCUCUUCCCCCCUCCCCCCCCCCCGCACUGAAUUUGGGGUGGGUGGGUGUGCUGAUGAUAUACAGCCCUGGUUAUAGUACAGUGUUCCAGCUUAUCCUUUGGGUAUGCAUUUUCCAGGCUUUUGUAUAUUAUGUAUAAAACUCAGUGUGAUCUGUUAUUUACAACAAAAACUAAAACUAAAACACCCUCUUCUUUGUUUUCCCCUCUCAAGGAUCUCCCCUGAGCAGAGGUUCUUCUUUCCAGGAUACAGAGACGGAUUCCUCUGGAGCUCCUCUGCUGAAAGUAUAUUGCUGAAAAAUGGACCUCGGGAACGAACGUGCUAGGCAACGAGGCCAUGGGGCAAGUUCCCGAUUUCUAAAUGACAAAUACGAUGCCACUUUAUUUUGUUUGUCAAUCUUUAAAAAUUGAACUUGACUCCCUUAACUUGCAUUUUAAGGGAGCCUCAUAAGCAGAUUGUUGUCUAGCAGCAAAAUGACAGGAAAAGGAUAUUGGCACCAGCCAUAAGUUGGGCUUUCCCAGAAUGCCUGGUUCUGUUGCCAUUUUCCAAGAUAGAUUCUGCUGUAAACUUGCCUUCAGAUGACCAAGCUAGUGCCUUUUUCACUACAUCCAUAAGCGACUUUUUGCUGUAAUGGACGUUAAGUAGCAGUGAUGGGUUUUUUGCACACGUCUUUCUAAGUGUGAUCGUCCCACUAGUGUAAGGGCUCCUGUUAUGCAAUAUCCCACAUUAUGUUGGUUUGAUGGUGCUUGGAGACCUUGAAGACAUCUUUCUACAUCUGUCGUUACUUAGUACAGUAUGCUUGGCUCAAGAGUACCACAUCUGUGCCUUGGAUGGACUGUGUUGAGCGAGUGAUGAUGAAACCGCCUUCAAUGAUGGCAAAUUGACAUGAAUGAUGGCAAAUCAACUUUCAAGCAGUGUGUAAUCCGUGGCCAUCCUACAGACUUUCUAACUACGUUAACGCAGGCUGCUUGGAAAACCAGCCAAGACAUGACGUCAUAUGGCUUGCCAACCAUUUGUUGCAGAGCUUUGUUUCAGUCAACUGACAACCGUCAUCCAGGGUUGGAAAUGAUAGCUGGGGUCCUCAAGCAGAUUGGGGCUUGCUAUGAAAAACCAUAGGACUCGGCAUCACGUGUCAUUUUCAGUUCUUUUUUUCUAAGCCCAUCCCGCUCUACAUCAAAGUUAAGCCUUGGAGGGUAAAAGAAGAAACCAGUUUAUAAACAAGCCAGCUUAUAUCAAGCAAAUCAUGGCUUUCAUAGUAAUUAUCAAGCCUCAGAAUGGCAUUUAGAAACUUGAUACAUUUUUUCUCUUAUGGAACGUCAAGGAGUUUGCGUUGGAUGGGAUCCACAGUGUAUCUGGGACAUUUAACUUGAAAUUCAAACUGGUUUGAAACCCAUUUACGUUGUUUUGCUUCCCUCAGAUAGCAAUGUGAAUUGUUACUAGUCAUCCUUUUAGCAAUCCUAUAGUCUGUUGACAGAAUAAAGGUACCCAGGGCUCCUUUGUUCAGAGCCCUUUUCACCUUUGUGCCUCAAAUUCAGGCUGCUUUGAUUUCAGUGGCAAAAGAGCUGAGAUGUUGAUGAAAUGUUCUGCAACUGCGGAUGGGUAGUUUCCAACAACGGCUGUGCAAAAGGACUCUUGUCCCUGGAGCUGUUGCCAUAGAGGAUGGCAGCAUCACGCACUGACCCACUGAUAAGUGUGGUGUAACACUGGGCUUAGCUGGGCAGAGCAAGCACGUUUGUGUAAUGUUAUUAAACAGCGGCCACAGUCCAGAGCCCCACAACUCUGCAUACUGUUUUUGGAGCUCUUGGGAGAAUGCAUGUGAUGGGGGGGGGGGAGAACGCAUAGCUCUCCCUUUCCCUCACCCCCACUUGCAUCUUGUGAGUGAAUUCCUUCUCCUUUCUGUUCCCCCAACCCCAGUACUCUCACCUGGAGUCUUCCCAGAUUGGAUGGACCAAUGUGUGUGUUUUGUUUUUUGCAGAAGACUGCAGGGAAGUCCUCAGCCAGGUUAAUUCAUGCAGCUGGUGGCAUUUUGGUGAUUUGCUGUAUACUUAUCUUCAUUUUUAACUUAGGCUUGAUCAGAACUGGUAGCAGUGUAUAAUUUCCCCUCUUUUAAAUGUGCACACUUAGUUGUCAGUAACACACUGAAUACACAACACUGUGCUGAUUUUUUUAAAAGUGCCAGUCACUCCCCACUGUUACCUCUCUCUUUCUCUCCCGCACCUUUCUGUUUUGUACCUUAACUUGCCUGGAGGGGACAUUUUCGAAAUAGUAAUGUGUUUUCUUUGGGAAAGGAGCUAAUAUGGAAAAUACAUGUCCUUUUGCUCUUUUAAAAAAGCCAGUGAACUUUUAAAAAAUAGUAAUGAUGAUUAUGAUGAUUUUUAAAAAAUCUACCCCUCUUCCACCCAUACCAAGGUAUGGGUUUAAUCUCAAGGAUGACAGCAGCAUUUAGGAAUGGGUUCCGAUGUUGCCUUUUGCAAAUACCAUGAACUUUGCAUAAUGGUCUAAUGGUUUGUUUGUUCCACUUGCAAAUAUGUACAUAUUUUUAUUGAUUAUUAAUUUCAGUUGACAAAAACAUAUCCACAAAUGGAAUACAGAACUUACCAGUUGUUCAGGAAAGAAAGAAAGAAAUCAGUUGAUGGUUGUGGUCUUAAAACGUUCCAAAGUAGGCAGUCAAAUGAAGGUCCUUCACAGGGUUCCGUGUGUCAAUGGAGGGUGAAAACCAUGUUCAAUUGUCUUAACAAAGUCAAUAAAGGGAUACCAUGUUGUACAGAAGAAGACGCGAGUCCUUUUUUUCCAGAUCAAUGUUCCUUUCGUGAGGUGGUUUGUCCAUAAGCACGAUGUCCCAUACUUGCAAAAUUCAAGCUUCAAAAAGUUUUGCAGUUAAAGGCUUUCCAGUUCUUUGUUUAUCACUAAUCAAUCUGCAACGAAGAAUGAGAUAUUUAUUAAUUGUAUUCUUAAUCUGAAGAGUAAAAUAAAAGGGCUAGUUUUGGGUCUCGUCAUAGUGACUGUCCUGUCAUCUGAUUAAUUAUUUGAAAAGGGAAUGAAUGGGGCAAUAUGAUUACUAGGGAACUAGGCAAAUUGCAUUCCUGCCAGCAGCGUUUGGCUGUAUUGUUAAUUUUAUUCAAUCUGACUGGGCACAUGUGCUAUUUUUAGAGCAUUUUUUCAAGUCCUAAUUGAGAGAGAUCCAAAUGGUAGUCUAGUCCAAUUUUGUUUCCAUAGUUGUUCCUCUAGCUCUUCUCCACAAUAUUUUCCCCAUUUUAUUCUUAAUAAAAUGAAAUAAGAGGAGAGGUAGCAAGAGGAUUUUAUAUAGUUGGGAAAUGAUUCCUUUUUCCAGUGUGUUGGUAGUAUCAAAUAAUUGUUCAAAGCUGUUUAGGUUGAGUAGUGUCUGAGCCCUUAGGUUUGGUUGGUUUAGGAAGCAUAUGAUCUGUUGCAUGUGGUCUGGAACUACCCUUUCAAGCAGCAUUUGAUGACCCUGAAAAAUAAGAGCAAAUCCCUAUGGGGAGCAGUAUCAGUUGUGGGUCUGCACAGAUAAGGAAGCCAAAUGGUGUAGGCUUGUGUGGUCUUAAGGAAAAUGCUUCAAAUGUGCCCAAGGUGGAUUAAGUCUCUGCCUCUUUGUCAGAGAACAGAUAGCUUCAGGGGAUAUCAAAGGUUAGAACACACUGGACUUGAUGAACCAGUUUUCCCCUUUCUCCUACUACUAGGAGAAACAUCUCCCCCCAGCUUUCACCAUCAACUUCCUCUGCAGAAAAAAGAAAUGUUAAGCUUCUCCCAGUGACUUAGAUGACAAUAAAAAACAAGGAACAGGGGUGUGCACACCAUAAUAAGCUUUGAGCCAUCCAAAAUAAAUACAAGUUGGCACUCUGCAGUCAGAAGAAAGCACUACUGGGAGUUCAAUGGCAUUUACUCCCAGGAAAUGAUGCAUGGGAUUGCAGUCGUGCUGAUCCUAAUAAAUUGGGCAUUAUGAUAUGUAUUGCUGCUACCCACCCAGCCCAAAGCAGGGGUAAAAUAUAUUAUGAAUCAACUCAGCUGCUUUUCUUUUUGACUCUCCUUGGCGUGACUAUGGGGCAUAAUCAGCUCCUGCUGUUUAAAAUGUGGUCAUGAGCGCUCAUUUUUGUUUCAGUGGAAAGUAACGAUAGAGCUGAGGUGGCCACCUCCUUUUCUUCUCCAGUUCAUUGAUUUCCAUUUUUCAUGAGAGCUUAUUAAUGAUUGUUAAUUGGAAGGAUACCUCUGGAGAGUUUACAACAUUUGACGCUUUUUAGCUUAGAGCAAAGGUGAGGAAGAUGAGUCAUGAUGGAAGUAUAUAAAAUGGGUUGGAGACAGCAGACAGAGCAGCUUUGUUCCUCAUCAAAGCAAAGUCUGGGAAAAUUCAAUGAGGCUGAAUGGUGGAAGAUUCAGGACAGGCAACAGAACGUACUUUUCCACACAGAGCUAAACAAUGGAACUCACUCCCACAAGAAGUAGUGAUGGCCACCAACUUGGAUGGCUUUAAAAGAUAAUUAGACAAAUUCACGACUAUGUUCGAUGAUGAUGAAAUACCUGCCUUCACCCUAAGGUCUCAGGGCAGGUUACAACAAUUUAAAAUCUAACAUUAAAAUCCACUAUCAGAGGCUUACUGCCUCUGAAUGCCAACUGCUGGGAAUCACAGGAGGGGAAAGUGAUGUUGUGCUGACAUUCUGCUUGCAGGCUUCACAGAGGCACCUGGUCGGCCACUGAGAAGAGGGUGCUGGCCCAGGUGGAUCAUUGGUCUGAUCCAGCAGGCACUUCUUAUGUUGGCCUUUGGCUCUUCUUGCAUUCUUAUGUUCUUAAAAGGUAAAGGUAAAGGGACCCCUGACCAUUAGGUUCAGUCAUGACUGACUCUGGGGUUGCGGCGCUCAUCUUGCUUUGUUGGCCGAGGGAGCUGGUGUACAGCUUCCAGGUCAUGUGGUCAGCAUGACUAAGCCGCUUCUGGUGAACCAGAGCAGCGCACGGAAACGCCGUUUACCUUCCCGCCGGAGCCGUACCUAUUUAUCUACUUGCACUUUGACGUGCUUUCGAACUGCUAGGUUGUCAGGAGCAGGGACUGAGCAACCAGAACUCACCCCAUCACGGGGAUUCGAACCGCCGACCUUCUGAUCGGCAAGUCCUAGGCUCUGUGGUUUAACACACAGCGCCACCCACGUCCCUCUUAUGUUCUUAGUACAGCCAUAACACAUGCUCCACUUCUCUUUCCCAGAGGGUGGCAGCAUCACCACGAUAAACUGGCUGGGGAAUUUCGAACAUCUGGCUAGUGCAAAAGAUAGGCACCGCUUCAAAACAGGCAGUUCAAAUUCUUGUCAAUCAAGGAUGUAGUGCUAGAAGAAGGAAUUGCGGGAUACAUUUACUACUGUAGAAGUGAAUUUUGCAGCAGCAACAAAAAUAAAAUUAAAGUUUUUUUCCCCCAGAGUUGACAUAAUAUUGCACAUUGCCUUAAUGCUGCAAAAGAACGAAAUCUUGACCUUGAGUUAAAUUCACAGAACAGGAAGUAUUUUUUGGAGUUGCUUUCUAAACAGUUCUUUUUGAAUCUCAUUUGUCAACAAGUUCACUAAUUUGCUAUUGAUUUGUUUCAUAAAAUGUGUACACAGCUUGAUUGUAAAACGAACACACAAACAAACAAACCUCAAAGUGGUUUACAAAUGGCAGACAGCUUCACUGAAAGAAAGCUUACUUACGUCAUUCCUUUGCCGUUACAGCUCCAUUGGCUACUAGAGAAACUUGACUGGCUCCCUUCUUGUUUGUCCCUCCACUGACAGGGGAAGACUUUCCUGUUUUUCGCAUGGUUUUCAUAGAUUUUAUAUAUGUUUGUAGUUAUGAAUUCCAUUCAUGUUGUUUUUAAAUUAUAGUUUUUCUGUGUUUUUAGCAGUUCUUAUUUUUAUUUGUAAGCUGCCUUGUCAGAGAAAAAGGCACUGUGUCAAUAAAUAUAAUAAUUCACCACC